AUGCCGCCUGGGCGAAUCAUUUCCCUGGCCUCUGGCCCUGUGUCUUUUGAUGCUCAUCAGUGGCAUUGCACCCAGCCUUGGCACGGUGACCGUGUUGUCUUAGUUGGGUUCACUGUCAAGGGUUCUUACUUGUUACCGCCGGACAUGGUUUCAACACUUGAGGGCCUUGGCUUCGCUCUACCAGGCAACUCCACGGGUGAGAGUACUGCGGGGCCUCUCCACCCUCCCCGGUUCCCCGUGUUUUUGGAGCUUGCUGGCACAGGCCGUGUCACCGCACGUUGGCGUGCCCUUGGGGCCCCAGGUUCUUUGGCUGUCAAUGACCAGGUCGUUGAAGGCUGUGCCACGCAUCCUCGUAAGCUUGACAGUGCUGAGGCCGCUGACCAGGCCUUAGCGCUCGAAUGGCUGCGUUCCCCGUAUGUUCUGGGUGCUCACCUUUCGCCUCCCAGUGGCACGUGUUCCAGGGCCCGUGACAUCCGGUUGCCAGGGGAUCCCGGCCCUCCACCCUUGCGAUCCGACACUUUUCCGGAUGGACUCCCGAUCUCCAGCCCCACGACGCUCGGCGAGCUGCUGCUGUGGAAAGAGAUCACGUGCGACCUGGAAUACCCCGACUGUCAAGUCUUUGACGAGGUCACCCAAGGUGUGCAGCUGACCGGUUGCACGCCCGUCACCAACCUCUUCCCGCCGACCUAUAAGCCUUCCAAUCGCUCCCUCGCCGGUGUGGAUGUGUCAGCAGAAUCCCUGAGGCAAAGGGUCCUGGAGAGGGCUAAGCCCCAGGGCGAAGAGGACACAACAGUGCAUAGUAAGACCCAAGAGGAAAGGGAGAAGGGCUGGAUUCGGGGCCCCAUACCAGUCUCGGACCUUUCCUGGCGUAUGAUCUUCGUUCAGCUUAUCGACAGCUGGCUAUCCAUCCCAGCUCGCUCAAGCACGCAUACAUUCUCCAUUGGAAUCCCCUUACCCACCAAGCAGAAGCGGAUCGCUUCAAGAUCCGUAUACUCUUUCCUUCGUGUUGCGCACGCCAUCUGGUGGGUAGGAUGCACCGCGUUGUCCCUGAUGUGGACGGUGUUCUUCGACGAUUAUGUGACGUUAACGUCCGAGCAAGAGGUUCGCCACACUGAUGCGGCGGUCGUCGCCCUCUUCAAACUACUGGGCUGGAGUUUUGAUGAGUGUGGCGAGAAGUCCACCGAGUUUGGGCGUUUCCUUUGA